UGAAAUUGUUGCUCUCUUUACCGUCUCCUCUUCUCGGUUUGAAUAUGGGUUCUUGCCAAAGCUGCCACAAACAGAAGUGAGAUCCACAAUAGAACGGACAUAGGGCCUGUAAGGUCUCACAAAGCUUUCCUGGGCCUCAGCUUCCUUUAUGAGCAUUUUCUCUUUCUUAGAAGCACUCACCCAGCUUACCAAGGCUGAUGCUGUCCUCUCUCUUAGCAUCUUUGGUAGAUACUCUGAGUGUUUCAGGGCUGCUAGGACUCCCAGAGGAAUGAAGAGUUCAGUGCAUCAGUGAACUCCAGCCUUUUGUAUUAGAGAAGCUGUAAUUUAGAGCUGCCUUUUAGCUUAGAAAAGGUCAAAUCCACCUUUCCACCCUUUUUAUUUGCUAACUCAAGACCUAGGUAUGUGUCACUCAUGGUUUCCAUUUGGCUUCAGAGGACUUGACUUGGAGAACAGUGCACAUAAACUCUAUGCUAAAACUUCAGAAGGAAGUUUAAAUCCUUUUUAAAUUUUCUUUAAAAAUUUUUUUAUUUAUUCUUGGAGAGAGAAAGUGAGGGAGAGAAACAUUGAUAUGCAGGAGAUACAUUGGUUGUCUCUUGUCUGCCCCCAACUGGGGACCUGGCCCGCAACCCAGGCAUGUGCCCUGACUAGGAAUUGAACCAGUGACCUUGUCGUUAGCAGGCUGGCACUCAGUCCACUGAGCCACACCAGGCAGUGCUAAAUCAACACUUUGAACCAAAGAGCAGAGCAUUUCUUACUAGAAAUGUGCUUUGGCUCUGAGAGCCAUGGAUCUGUCGCAUUCACCUUGUGUGGGGACCUUGUAGGAAUAGCUUAGGAGUGAAUUGGCUCUUGGUGCCUUCUAAAUUUUCUUUGGUCUGUAAUUUGCCAGAUUCAACUUGACAGUGAAGUAUUUUGUGUAGAAAUUUGUAUGUCUUAAAAGUUAGUUUUCACUUUGUAUUUAUCUAGAACCUGGCGACAAAAAUGAACUUCCAAGUGACUUGGUUAGAAACUUCAUCUUCUGCGUGCUUUGACUGCAUGCCACCAGACUGCCAGGCCCAGCUGUAGGGUGGCGAUCUGAAAGCAGGUGUCUCUGGCCUUUCUUAGGUAGUAUCACCUAAUGGUGUGAAUAAAACCAGCCAGGAGGACUUUACUUACCAGUUCCUUCUCAUUUCCAUCAUUUAAAUGGUUCCCCCAAAGCAUGGUCUUCUCUGUUUGUCAGCAUCGAUUUAAUAUCAUUUUGUUCUCUUUAGAGUUGAGAUUUCUUGAUUAUUUUUCCCUUGGGUUGUUUUAUUUCUCUGCUUUCAUUUCUGUUACUUCCUCUCUUUACCCCUGGGAUCAGGUAGGAAGCAGGGAGAACGACAGGCCUUUUCCUUUUCACCUCAGUAUUUGCACUUAAGAAAGCAUUUUCUUUAAAUGUAUGCAGUGUGAAUACAACAGUUUCUAGUGAUGGGAGAUAGUGUUUUAAGACUAUAUUCAGGUUCAUUGUUUCUUUUAAAAUAUUCUACUUAUUAAUCUACUUGGUUUUGUAUUUCUCCUUCGUCCACAUUGCUUUCUCAGAAAAGACAACUAAAAUUUAACCAAAGUUUAACAUAGUGGUCCUAAGUGGAAAAACACAAGAUUCACAGGAUGCCACUUGACCUUUCUUUGAGGGCUGGUCCAGUUUUUGUCAGACUUUGUAACUUGAAUCUAGUCUUGAGUAAAAUAAAUCUAUGACCUCCAAGUCUCUCCCAAAUUACUCUUGCUCUGAUGAAUCUUCAAGAACUAUCCUGUGGCUCUGACUGAUAUGGCCCAGUGGGUUGGGCAUUGUCCCGAAAACCAAAAGGUCACUGGUUCAAUUCCUGGUCUGGGCAUAUACCUGGGUUGCAGGUCAGGUCCCCAUUUAGAGGCAUGGAGAGGCAACUGACUGAUGUUUCUCUCCCUCUCUUUCUCCUUCUCUUCCCCUCUCUCUAAAAAUAAAUAAAGUCUUUAAAAAAAAAACAAAAACAGAACUGUCCUUGUGAGGAUUUAAUCUGCAGCGGGCAUGGCUUUACUCCUAGCGUUUGUCUGGGAAUUGGGGAACUUUUCUUACCUCUGGGGUGAGCAUGGCUUGCCACCGCUCUUGCGGCCUCUUCCAGUGUUAAUUUUGUGGGAGUUUUAGCUCAUGUUCCUUCGGACCAGUUAGAUUCCUCAGCCUGAGCCACAUACUAGGAAAUAUAAAUUUACUUAUCUAUAAUCUGGCAUCACCACCAUGGUGGAAGAUUUUGAUCCCAGUGUGCGUGGCUGAUUUCCCUGGAUGUAGCACAUAAUCAGGCUUUAUUCAUUUGUUCAAGAGAUUGUAGGCCUUUACCUGCUUCUCAAAAUUCAUUAAAUAUCUGACUUCUUCUCAGGUAGUUGACCCUUCUGUAUACUGGGUCCAGCUGUCUUUCCUUAAUCUAUAGUAAUUAUAUUCACUGCUCUGCUCAGACAUCCCUGUGCUAGUUAAUGUUAGCCUUUUUCAAGAGUUCUUGCUGUCCAAUUUGCCCCCACGUGGCUUCUGUUGCACACUCUGUUGUGUAGGAGUCAUUUGAAGGAGCAUUCUGCUCUGUUUGGGAUAAUCCAUUUUCAGUCUCUUGCUUGUUCUGUCUGGUAUGUGAUGUUAUGAGCCAGUAGAAGAAGCAAGACAGCUGGUCUUCACCGACAGAGGAGUGCCAUUCUCCGUUCCUGAACACUAUCCUGUCAGGAAUUCUACUGGCAGCUUCUCGCCCUCAUUGACCGGCUGGUGUUGGUGGUAGCAGGGAGCACUUUCACUUGGUUGCAUUUACUGGUGCGUGGCAGCGGCCGCUGACAAGACUUGAGUUUAAGAAAUGCAUUGAUGGUGUUGACUCCAUAAACUGGCAUUGAUGGCUGCACACAUGGUUGUUUACAGCCAUCAACCCCAAUGGAAGGAAGACGUGUCUUGGCUGAGGGCUGUGUAUAGUCCAGUGGCCAUUUAUAUUUACUGUUGCUGGGUAAUCAAGUGUUAGCCUGGACCUGCAAACAUUAAGCCACAUCACCUUUUUUCUUCCGGUACUUUCCUCUAAUUUUCUCCUAACAAUCUGGAUGAGAAUCUUGGAGAGUAAACUUGAUAGAUGGCCAUAGUUAAUGUUACUUAGUGCUUAUUCAUGAUUAAUUAAGAUUUGUUACUCUGAGCUCCUCUGAAGUAUAAGUAGCUGAGUAUAAUUUCCAGCCCUAAGUUUCAACUUUAAACUUCUUGAAAGCUGAAUGAUCUUUCUCCAAGGAGUUGAGCUAAGUCUUAGAUCUCCAAAUACACAUUUUAAUUAUUUUUUAACCUUUCCGGACUCAUGUUUACAGACUUCUUUAGCAGUGACGUCUGGUUUUCGAAGAAGAGCUAUUAAGGCAGCAGACUGCAACUGUUCAGGUCCAUGCCCAGGAAAGGAAUAGUUCUGUGUAUGAUCGGUAUGUUAGUUGAGCAUCUCUGGUUGCAGGAUACAGGAGAACUUCAAGAAAUCUAAUGGCUGCAAUGUUUUGAGCUUUUGGAAGCCAGUGAAACCAGGAUGUAGAUCCAGAAAGCCCCAGAUCCCAGGAAGUGCUCUGUCUUCCUCUCUCUUCUCUCCAUGUGUCUAUUUCCUUAUUCCAUCUCUUAGCAUACUAACUGCCUUUACUUCUCAGAUGUACCCUGCUAUAAUGACAGAAUAUGACUACCACUUAGCUCCCAGAUUUAUAUAUUACCAUUCCUACCACAUGAAAAGACUACUGGACUGUCUCUUGUCCUGGAGGAAAGGAUCUGAAUUUAAGUCAGACAUCUGCUCUGUCAUCUGUAAGCUAGCCUGAAGACCAUUGUGGGUGCCCUAAUUCAGUCCGUGAAGAAGCUGUCGGAUGUGAUGAUCCUGACAGUGUUCUGCCUGAGUGUUUUCGCCUUGAUCGGGCUGCAGCUGUUCAUGGGGAAUCUGCGAAACAAGUGUGUUGUGUGGCCCAUAAACUUCAAUGAGAGCUAUCUUGAAAAUGGCACCAGAGGCUUUGAUUGGGAAGAAUAUAUCAACAAUAAAACAAAUUUUUACACAGUUCCUGGCAUGCUAGAACCUCUACUCUGUGGGAACAGUUCUGAUGCUGGGCAAUGCCCAGAGGGAUACCAGUGUAUGAAAGCAGGAAGGAACCCCAACUAUGGUUACACAAGCUUUGACACUUUCAGCUGGGCCUUCUUGGCAUUAUUUCGCCUUAUGACCCAGGACUAUUGGGAAAACUUGUAUCAGUUGACCUUACGAGCAGCUGGGAAAACGUACAUGAUCUUCUUCGUCUUAGUCAUCUUUGUGGGUUCCUUCUAUCUGGUGAACUUGAUCUUGGCUGUGGUGGCCAUGGCUUAUGAAGAACAGAAUCAGGCAACACUGGAAGAGGCAGAGCAAAAAGAGGCUGAAUUCAAAGCAAUGUUGGAACAACUUAAGAAGCAACAGGAAGAGGCACAGGCUGCCGCGAUGGCCACUUCAGCAGGAACCGUCUCAGAAGAUGCCAUAGAGGAAGAAGGCGAAGAAGGGGGAGGUUCCCCUCGGAGCUCAUCUGAAAUUUCUAAACUCAGUUCCAAGAGUGCUAAGGAAAGACGUAACAGGAGAAAGAAGAGGAAGCAGAAGGAACUCUCUGAAGGAGAGGAGAAAGGGGAUCCUGAGAAGGUGUUUAAGUCCGAGUCAGAAGAUGGUAUGAGGAGGAAAGGCUUUCGGCUGCCAGACAACAGAAUAGGGAGGAAAUUUUCCAUCAUGAAUCAGUCACUACUCAGCAUUCCAGGCUCCCCGUUCCUAUCCCGCCACAACAGCAAGAGCAGCAUCUUCAGCUUCAGGGGGCCCGGGCGGUUCCGGGACCCGGGCUCCGAGAACGAGUUUGCGGACGACGAGCACAGCACAGUGGAGGAGAGCGAGGGCCGACGAGACUCGCUGUUCAUCCCGAUCCGGGCCCGCGAGCGCCGCAGCAGCUACAGCGGCUACAGCGGCUACAGCCAGGGCAGCCGCUCCUCUCGCAUCUUCCCCAGCCUGCGGCGCAGUGUGAAGCGCAACAGCACAGUGGACUGCAACGGCGUGGUGUCGCUCAUCGGCGGUCCCGGCACACACAUCGGCGGGCGUCUCUUGCCAGAGGCUACAACUGAAGUGGAAAUUAAGAAGAAAGGUCCUGGAUCUCUCUUAGUUUCCAUGGACCAGCUGGCCUCCUAUGGGCGGAAGGACAGGAUAAACAGUAUCCUGAGUGUUGUUACAAAUACAUUAGUAGAAGAGCUGGAAGAGUCCCAGAGAAAGUGCCCUCCAUGCUGGUAUAAAUUUGCCAAUACUUUCCUCAUCUGGGAGUGCCACCCCUACUGGAUAAAAGUGAAAGAGAUUGUGAACUUGAUUGUUAUGGACCCUUUUGUGGACUUGGCCAUCACCAUCUGCAUUGUCCUGAAUACACUGUUUAUGGCCAUGGAGCACCAUCCUAUGACGCCACAGUUUGAGCAUGUCUUGUCUGUAGGAAAUCUGGUUUUCACUGGAAUUUUCACAGCAGAAAUGUUCCUGAAGCUCAUAGCCAUGGAUCCCUACUAUUAUUUCCAAGAAGGUUGGAACAUUUUUGACGGAUUUAUUGUCUCCCUCAGUUUAAUGGAACUGAGUCUAGCAGAUGUGGAGGGGCUUUCGGUGCUGCGAUCUUUCCGAUUGCUCCGAGUCUUCAAAUUGGCCAAGUCUUGGCCCACCCUGAACAUGCUGAUUAAGAUUAUUGGAAAUUCAGUGGGUGCCCUGGGCAACCUGACCCUGGUGCUGGCCAUUAUUGUCUUCAUCUUUGCUGUGGUGGGGAUGCAGCUCUUUGGGAAGAGCUACAAAGAGUGUGUCUGCAAGAUCAACCAGGACUGUGACCUCCCUCGCUGGCACAUGAAUGAUUUUUUUCAUUCCUUCCUCAUUGUCUUUCGAGUGUUGUGCGGGGAGUGGAUCGAGACCAUGUGGGACUGCAUGGAGGUGGCAGGCCAAGCCAUGUGCCUCAUUGUCUUCAUGAUGGUCAUGGUCAUUGGCAACUUGGUGGUGCUGAACCUGUUUCUGGCCUUGCUCCUGAGCUCCUUCAGUGCAGACAAUCUGGCAGCCACAGACGACGAUGGGGAAAUGAACAACCUGCAGAUCUCAGUGAUCCGUAUCAAGAAGGGUGUGGCUUGGACCAAAGUGAAAGUGCGUGCCUUCAUGCAGGCCCACUUCAAGCAGCGUGAGGCUGAUGAGGUGAAACCACUGGAUGAGCUAUACGAAAAGAAGGCCAACUGCAUUGCCAACCACACUGGUGCAGACAUCCACCGGAACGGCGACUUCCAGAAGAAUGGCAAUGGCACCACCAGUGGCAUUGGCAGCAGUGUGGAGAAGUACAUCAUUGAUGAGGACCACAUGUCCUUUAUCAACAACCCCAACUUAACCGUGCGGGUGCCCAUUGCUGUAGGAGAGUCCGAUUUUGAGAACGUCAACACAGAGGACGUUAGCAGUGAAUCAGAUCCUGAAGGCAGCAAAGAUAAACUGGAUGAUACUAGCUCCUCUGAAGGAAGCACCAUCGAUAUCAAACCAGAAGUAGAAGAAGUCCCUGUGGAACAGCCUGAGGAAUACUUGGAUCCAGACGCUUGCUUCACAGAAGGUUGUGUCCAGCGAUUCAAGUGCUGCCAGGUCAACAUUGAAGAAGGGCUAGGCAAGUCUUGGUGGAUCCUGCGGAAAACCUGCUUCCUCAUUGUGGAGCACAAUUGGUUUGAGACCUUCAUCAUCUUCAUGAUUCUGCUCAGCAGUGGCGCCCUGGCCUUCGAGGACAUCUACAUUGAGCAGAGGAAGACCAUUCGUACCAUCCUGGAGUACGCUGACAAAGUCUUCACCUACAUCUUCAUCCUGGAGAUGUUGCUCAAGUGGACAGCCUAUGGCUUCGUCAAGUUCUUCACCAAUGCCUGGUGCUGGCUGGACUUCCUCAUUGUGGCUGUGGUGGUGAAUGCCUUGGUGGGCGCCAUCCCCUCCAUCAUGAAUGUGCUGCUGGUGUGUCUCAUCUUCUGGCUGAUUUUCAGCAUCAUGGGAGUUAACCUGUUUGCGGGGAAGUACCACUACUGCUUUAAUGAAACGGCUGAAGAGCGAUUUGAAAUUGACAUUGUCAACAAUAAAACUGAUUGUGAAAAGCUCAUGGAGGGGAACAAUACAGAAAUCAGGUGGAAGAACGUGAAGAUCAACUUUGAUAACGUUGGGGCAGGAUAUUUGGCGCUGCUUCAAGUGGCAACCUUCAAAGGCUGGAUGGACAUCAUGUAUGCAGCUGUAGACUCCCGAAAGCCUGAGGAGCAGCCUAAGUAUGAGGACAACAUCUACAUGUACAUCUACUUUGUCAUCUUCAUCAUCUUCGGCUCCUUCUUCACCCUGAACCUGUUCAUUGGUGUCAUCAUUGAUAACUUCAAUCAACAAAAGAAAAAGUUUGGAGGUCAGGACAUCUUCAUGACUGAAGAACAGAAGAAGUACUACAAUGCCAUGAAAAAGCUGGGCUCCAAGAAACCGCAGAAACCCAUUCCCCGCCCCGUGAAUAAAAUCCAAGGUAUCGUCUUUGAUUUUGUCACUCAACAAGCCUUUGACAUCGUUAUCAUGAUGCUCAUCUGCCUUAACAUGGUGACAAUGAUGGUGGAGACAGAUACUCAGAGCAAGCAGAUGGAGAACAUCCUCUACUGGAUUAACCUGGUCUUCGUCAUCUUCUUCACUUGUGAGUGUGUGCUCAAAAUGUUUGCCUUGAGGCACUACUACUUCACCAUUGGCUGGAACAUCUUCGACUUCGUGGUAGUCAUCCUCUCCAUCGUGGGAAUGUUCCUGGCUGAUAUAAUUGAGAAAUACUUUGUUUCCCCAACCCUAUUCCGAGUCAUCCGAUUGGCCCGUAUUGGGCGCAUCUUGCGUCUGAUCAAAGGUGCCAAAGGGAUUCGUACCCUGCUCUUUGCCUUAAUGAUGUCCUUGCCUGCUCUGUUCAACAUCGGCCUUCUGCUCUUCCUGGUCAUGUUCAUCUUCUCCAUCUUUGGGAUGUCCAACUUUGCAUAUGUGAAGCACGAGGCUGGCAUUGACGACAUGUUCAACUUUGAGACCUUUGGCAACAGUAUGAUCUGCCUCUUUCAGAUCACAACCUCGGCUGGGUGGGAUGGCCUGCUGCUGCCCAUCUUAAACCGCCCCCCUGACUGCAGCCUGGAAAAAGAACACCCAGGGAGCAACUUCAAGGGGGACUGCGGAAACCCCUCAGUGGGCAUCUUCUUCUUUGUAAGCUACAUCAUCAUCUCCUUCCUAAUUGUUGUGAACAUGUACAUUGCCAUCAUCUUGGAGAACUUCAGUGUAGCCACAGAGGAAAGUGCAGACCCUCUGAGUGAGGACGACUUUGAGACCUUCUAUGAGAUCUGGGAGAAGUUUGAUCCCGAUGCCACCCAAUUCAUCGAGUACUGUAAGCUGGCAGACUUUGCAGAUGCCUUGGAGCAUCCUCUCCGAGUGCCCAAGCCUAACACCAUAGAGCUCAUUGCCAUGGAUCUGCCCAUGGUCAGCGGGGAUCGUAUCCACUGCUUGGACAUCCUUUUUGCCUUCACCAAGCGGGUCCUGGGAGACAGCGGGGAGCUGGACAUCCUCCGGCAGCAGAUGGAGGAGCGGUUCGUGGCGUCUAAUCCUUCCAAAGUGUCUUACGAGCCGAUCACAACCACGCUGCGGCGCAAGCAGGAAGAGGUGUCGGCAGUGGUCCUGCAGCGUGCCUACCGGGGACAUUUAGCAAGGCGGGGUUUCAUUUGCAAAAAGACAGCUUCCAAUAAGCUGGAGAACGGAGGCACACACCGGGAGAAAAAGGAGAGCACCCCGUCGACAGCCUCCCUCCCAUCCUAUGACAGUGUGACUAAACCUGAGAAGGAGAAGCAGCAGCGGGCAGAGGAAGGGAGAAGGGAAAGAGCCAAAAGACAAAAAGAGGUCAGAGAAUCCAAGUGUUAGAAGAAAGCAAAAAUUAAAUAUUGUACAGUUUAAAACUUGCAAGUGAAAGAUUGUUUACAAACUUCCUGAAUAUUAUCAAUGCAGAACAGCUGUGGAGACACUUUCCCCUGAAGAUCUAUACCAAACGUAGUCUGCUCACCACGUCCCACGGUUGCAUCUCGAGCAGUGACCUGCCUAGGGCAAAGGACCCUGCUCCCUGGACUCACAGAUUUUCUAGUGCUUGGGCAGGUGGUUACUGCAUGUUCCACAUCAGUCAAUGCAACUUAGGACAAAACUAAACAGGAUACAAAAACAGAGGAGAGGCUGCCGGAACCAGCAUAUUUCCGUUGCAGCCAAAUGGAUUUUGUUUUUUUCAUUUUGUUGAUUCUCAGAAGCAGAAAGCAUCACUUUAAAAGUUUGUUUGUUCAUGCAAACUAUAUUUGCAUUCGUACAUUAGUUAAGCUAAGCAGCAAAAAGAAAACACACACAUACUCACAUUUAGCCCAUGUCAUUUAAUUGUCAGUUUCUUUGACAUAAACUGCAUCUUCUCCACAUGGGCUUCACAUGGUUUGGAGAUGGGUGGGGGAAAACAAUCAGGUUUCUUCAGGCUGAGGAGGACUUGCUCAGGCCGAUUCCAAACAUUGUGCUUGUUCAAUGCAUAGAAAUGAUUUGCAUGAUGGCAUGCCGUGAUCAGAAGUCAUGCAUGAGAACCAUACACCACAGGACACUACUGAUCCUCUCCCCUGCCCUGGGUCAGCCUUGGGACAGGACCCAGCCCUGCACCGUUCACUGUAUUUGGAGAAAAAAUGGUAAGAGUUCCACACCCGCUGCAAUUCUUUAUGAAUUGGUAGAAGUCUUUCAUACACCUUCUGGGUAGGAAACACAACCAACCAAUUGAUCACCACCAACAAAUACGAACCCAGUCUGACAAGCAGAUGGAUCCGUCGCGUGUCUAUGUUUAACAGACAUCUCUAACAUACAGCCAUUGUUGCACAUUUUGAAAGAUGAACUGUUUAAUGCUGCUCUGUGUUCCGUACGUGGGGAAACUUUGAUCUCAAAUGGCUUGUAUUAAUGUCACUGUAAAACCAAAUCCUAGGGCUAAAAACAAAAAUCAAAAAAAAGUUCAUUUGUAUUUUGCAAUAUUUAUGAUGAUUGUUUAGCCUUCAUACUGGAGAACUGACACUAAUUUGGGGUAGAGGUAAAAAUGCUAUUCAGAGUAGCAUGUUACCUCUAGGGGGUGAUUUAGGGAACUUAAAACCACCUUUCGUUGGGGGUAAAGGGGUGCUCAUUUCAUUUAGUAUCACGUCCUUUUGCAUUGUGGCUUUCUCUGGGCUCGGGUCCACGUGGAGAGGGCCUCUCUCCUACAGAGGGGCUGUCACAAGCUCGCACACUGCACAGUCCCUCUUGCCUCCAUCACAUUUCCACCAGGCAGGGCUUCCCUGACCCACAGAGGUGGGUGGGGGCAGUGGCACUGGGGCUGGGACUGUGGUUUCUGUCAUUUAUCAUUAGAAUAAGCCGUCACUGGUGGGACCUGAGGUAGAGAUGGAGCCGCCUCUGAACAAGCCCACUUGGUUUCUUUAUUGCACUGGUUCUCGUGAGAAAGUGAUUUAAUAUUAAAUCCUCGAUGUUCCAGCUUCCCCCAGCACGUUUCCUUUCAGCCAGUUUUGCUGUCUGCUUAGCGACCUGCCCAUUGUCAUUGAAGGGUGGCUUUGGGGGGAGCGUCCUAUCUUCCAUUCCAUCUCCUGCUCUGGGGAAGGCAGUUUUUAGUCCAGGGGUUUCUCAUCUGAUGACUAGAUUUCAAAGCCAAGAUGCUGCAGUUGAAUGUGUCAGGAAGUCUAUACAAAGACUGAGGAGAGAUUUUAGCUUGCAAACCAAAUCAAAAUAAAUUCUUCCUGAACCAUACAAUAGAGGGGGAAAAAACAACCCAUAAUCAGACACACCAAUCUGCCUUGCAGUAGAAGCACUUUGGAUGUAUUUUCACCGUCCAUCUGACUAGUUUUGUGUAGAACAAACCACGGCAAGUCAGUAAGCAGAGCUCUGUCUUGUUGGACCAAUAGACGCUGUCCAGCCAUUGUAAGCCUGCUUCUGUGGCAUCACCCGUAGGACUUUCGUACUACACGCGAUCCCGGGGUGGGAAGGCAUCUCUCUCAGUGACGCUGCUAACUGCUAGGACGAGUGUAGAGUAACAUGUACCGGCUACACCGUAAACAGCACAAAACAGAAGCUGACAUGUGUGGUUAUUCUUUUUAAGAGAAUUAUAAAUACUGUAAUAUAUCAUUUUAUUUUAUUGGCAUGCCUUUUUGUAAAUACAAAUUAACUUAUUAAAUAGGAAAUGGCUUCUGGCUUCUGCCAUUGUCAUGUUUAUUUUUAUUUUUUAUACUUUUCUUUCUUCUUAGAACUUAGAUGCUGUCAGCCAAUGUACAUCCCCAAACCAGACAGACAGACAAAAAAUUUUUUAUUGCUAAUGGUCUUUUCCAAAACAACAGCAAAUAGAUAUAUAUAUAUUUUUGUUCCAAUGUGCAAUAAAUUCUAACCACUUCUAUGCAAGAUUUGGCUAAACUUCAUAAUUGUCCUUAGGUCUCUAGACGGGCAACAGAGCUAGGAGACCCGGCCCGGCACCCCGAGUGCUCGUGCUCGCGAUGGCAUCAGGCUACUAUUGACGAGGUUUUUCUGAGAUCUGCCCCUUCUCCCCCAGACCCUGAUCCCUGCCCAGCAGGCCACCCCCUCAAUCGCACACACGUGGGCCUGGGUACCUGACACCCAUCCGCCAGCUUCACAGGGAGGAAGCCUCCUCUACUCUAUUUGAAGUUUCACUUCUAUUUUCUUUUUAACAUUUCCCACCUUCUUCUCCCUGCCCACCACCCCUCGCUCACUCUCGCCCACCCUGCUCCACACUUCUUUGGUAGUAAAUGACACCAUCACCAGCAGUUUACACCCGCAGUUAACAGGCACUGAACUGAGAGAGUCAGUGACGCGCUGCUCUGCGUCCCCCCUGAGUGGGUGAGUGGCAACGCUUUGCCAGAUAGUAAUGAAGCCAAUCAGACAGCAGCAGCAGCCACAGUAUCACUGCACACACACACACACACACAUAUAUAUAUAUAUAGAUCUAUAAAUAGAAUAUAAAUAUAUUUAUUUUUUGUAGCCAGGUCCUUGGUGCAGUAUUUAUAUUCCACAAUCCACCUUUAAAAAAAAAGGACAAAAAGCAAAAAGUCACAUGUGAUGCUGUUAAUUUAAAAUGCAGAGCCAAAGCCACUGAGCAGCAGCUGACACGGUUGCUGGUUUGUGUGAAAAACACUUUCCCCUCUUUCCUUAACCUCCUUGUUGAUUUGGAUGAGGAGCUCCACAAUUUAAAGCAGCAGGCGAGAGCAGGGAAGGCUUCCCGAGUCGGCAUGACCCACUCCCACUCCUCUCCAAAUGAGCCUCUUUUGGCACCAGAAGCUGACCUGGGCGAAAUAAAGAGAAACUCCCAGUCAAAGCUCCUGGAACGACAGUGCCCAGAGUUCUUUUAUUUUUCGCCGCAACCAAUGUAAACUUGUAACAGACCAAUAGUGAAGAUUAGUGUAUUAGUGAAUGCAUGGAGGCCAACACUGCUCUAAAUGAGACAUGACAAAGCGCACAUCACAACUAUAAGCCAAAAAGGAAACAAAAUAAAAAUGACCCUUUUUACUGUACAAGGGAAGCCUGUCUUGGUGUGUGUUUGUUGCUUAUCUGUCCCAAUUCUUGAGUCCUGGGAGGGGUCUGGGAAUUGGGACCUUAGUACCUGUGGUGAAAGGGGAAUGGGAGAGAGAGCGUAGGGUCUCUGGCCAAAUUCUGGCUGAGAAGCAGAGAUUGGAGAGAAAAGCAAGGUCCUGACCGCCCCCAUCCCCAUUCACCCAUUGCAUGUGGCAUUCCUCCCCCUACUGGGCCGGUGCUUAAAGGCCCGUGAAACCCUUUCCUCACCAGGUCGCCUGGCAAAGCCCCCGGAGAUGAUGUCAGCCAACCCAGCUGAGCUGGCCUUACUUAUGCCUUUUUCACCACUGUGUGAAAAAAAAAAAAACCCUGUCCCAAUACCCCAGAGCUUGGGGCACGAUGCCCAACAGCCUCCACUUCGCUAGCUAAUGCCGGGCCUUGCCCUCCAUCACCCCACAGAUAAACCAGCAGACUAGAGCUGGUCUCAUUCACAAUUGUGCAGGGUGAGGAGCACCUCUCCCCUUCCCUCUCCCUGCCCUGCUUUGGGGACAUCCCUCUCUAGGCCAUGUCUCCCGGUCUGGGAAUACUCUCAGGAGGAUUCUGAAGUGCCCACUCUAGUCUACUCCAGUAGCUCCACUCUGGAGAGAGAUGGCUGGUAGGUCAGUCCCCAUCCUCCCCCGGCCCCCAGCCUCCAGGCCUACUGUGGAGGUGAGAUUGCCAUGGGUUAUGACUUUGUGACUUGAGUCAGGGCAUCUUUGGUAAUGAUGCCCCUUUCUUUCCUCAGAUGUUGCCCAAAGUUUUGCAAAAAGCUUCGUUCAUUUUCAGGUACCCCCACCCUGCAAAGAAUUGGCUGCAACUAGCCAGUCAGGGGGACAAUUAGGAGAGAAGAGGAAGUCUGGGUUGGGAGGAGCCCUAGGGUUUGCACAGAGUCUGUGUUGUGACUCAGCUCUAUGCUUUCUUGGAUUCCCUUUCUAGGAUUACCAAGAUUUCCUCUGUUAAAAUGCUCCUGAGGUACCCCCUGCCCCUGUCCCCCACUGCUGUUUGCUGUACAUAGAGGCCAAGUGGGGCGGGUGGGCGGGUAUGCACAUGUGCUGUGUGUGUGUGAAGAAUGUAUAUAGGUAAAGGGGAGCGGGGUCCAGUGGUUCCAGAAAAGGGGCAGAACUCCUGUGUUCAAUCCCCAGCUUAACCACUGGCUCGCUGUGUGGCCUUGGGCAAGUCACUUAACCUCUCUGUGCCUCAGUUUCCCCAUCUGUAAAAUGGGGGUAAUAAUACUGACCUACCUCACAGGGGUGUUGUGAGGCUUUAACUAAAUGUUUUGUAAAGUGUUUUGAGAUACAGAGGCAAAGGCACUAGGGAAGGGCAAAGUAUUAUUUGGACUUAAGGAAGAUGAAAUGGUACCAUAAAUGCUGCUAUUCUGAGAGCCAUUUUAAACUGCACUGCUCCAACCACCCCCGCUUCUCAUCACCAGGACAGCAGGUCGAGAAAAAUAUCUUUCCUUUCACUUGCUUCUGGGGUUUAUGAUUAUUGUAGACACUCAAUUUUUUUCCCUUGCUGUAUCUCCUUCCCUCACCCCCUCGACUUGUUCCCUGUUCCGUUUAUGCGGAAAUGGCGGAAAUGCUUGAGAAAUGAGAAUGUAUAAGUGGAUUGGAAGUUUAUAGUCUGAGAUAUCAAUUUUACUUUGUACUGUACAUCUUUUUACUUUAGAAUUUGCA